UGGUGAAGACGAGGGUCAGCGGUACAACUCCAGAAUCGAGGGCUCCAGUCUACCUGGAAGUGGCAAAGUUUCUUUCCUGCGGGAACUUUGCGGGAGCUGAGAGACUUCCUGUGGUUUACACCUGAGUUCUUAGCCAUGUCGCUAACCAUUGCUGCCCCCACUAACAAGAGGAAGAAGGCCAACAAGAUCAUCACCGACUUGACCAAUAUCAGCCAGAAUGAUGACGAGUCUGACCCUGAAGCCUCCGAGCUGGACCUGGGCACCAAGAUCAAGACCCCCAAAGACGUGAUGCUGGAGGAGCUCUCGCUGCUCACCAACAAGGGCUCCAAGAUGUUCCGCAAGAGGCAGCAACGGGUCGACAAGUUCAUUACGACCAACGAGAACAUGCAGAACCUGCAGAACCUUCUGAUGUCACCUCCCCCUGUCCCGCCAAAGCCUGAGAUGCCAAAGGAAGACGUGGUGGUGCAAGAAGAAGAGGUGGUGGACAAGGAAUCCGAGAAGGAGAAGAGGAGGAGGGAGUAUGUUCGCACCUACGUGUCGCCAUGGGAACGGGCCAUGAAAGGCAACCAGGAGCUGACGGCCACCAUGAGAGCCAGGAUGCCGGGACCCGGGCCUGUCCAGUUUCCUCAGUACAAGAGCUUCAACAGGACAGCGCUGCCCUUCGGCGGCGUAGAGAAGGGCUCCAAGCUGAUGGUGUUCGAGGUGCCCGACCUCGGUGCGGACCCUGACGAGCUCGAGCCGCUGCCCUCCUUUCAGGCCGACAUCCGCUCGCGGCCCUCGUUCAACCGCACGCCCAUCGGCUGGGUGUGCAGCGAGGACAACACGCACAUCCACAUGGACGUGGACACCAUCCCCUUUGACGGAGAGACCGACGAUCUCUGAGCGCGCACAUUCAUUUAUAUCUAUUUAAACGGAAUAGCAUCAGUUGCUGUUUAAUGCAUGGAAAUGAAAAUGACUGAAAACGGACAAAGCAUCUCCCUCGCCCCAUUUUAAAGAACCUUACUGUGAUUUUUCCAAGCGUGCGCUAAAGUACU